CUGUGUAAUUAGUUUUUGUUUUCGUCUAUAUUUAAUGCUUCAUGCAUGUGCCGAAAGAUUCGAUGUGAUGGGGAAUCUUGAAAAAUUUCGGGAACUAAACAAGGCCUAAGAUCAAGUGUAGUAUUUGUUCUUAUCAGUUUGAUAUCUGAUAUGUGGGUCAUGUGCCUACUUUGAUAUUAAAUUUAUUUUUUGUGGGGGAGGGCCCAACACAGUGGCUCCCUCGCGCGUCGCGCACCCCAACCAAAGCCAAAAAUGCAAAAUUUUAGCUGGACCCGCCCCUGUUGUUUGGCCUGACUGUUGCCCCUCCUUUUGGGCCAUCGUCUACGGCGAAACUGUGCCUUUUGACCCGUCCAUUGUUUUGAGCGGUUUUCUUCAUCAAUACAAAAAGAACCGAUGAUGAAGAAAGCAUUUCCCCUCCAGGAUCAACUCAUGAUGAAUCUUGAACAGCGCACACUCGUGUUCUGUGACCCGCUGUCGACCGGAGUCAGCUUUCCGUGUGCGUGUUAAAAUUAAAAACCACAGCUGAGCUAGCUGGCUCGGCACGUUAGUGUCACGUUCACUAACAAACAGCAAUUUAAAGCGGCAAGUGGGACGACUUCGAGUCGUUGUCGCCCCCGGUGAACGGCCGCACCAAUCGUUUGACCACUUCAGCCUUCAUGUAACUUUUUGAUCAACGGGGCGUGCAGCAUUUGACCUGCUACAUGCACACUAGCUAAGCUAGCAUCGAACUCCAACUCUCCAAGCAAGAAGAGACACAGCGACGACGCAAGGAUGAGCUCGGUGGCAAUGGCAAUACUCAUCGGCACGCACCUCCUGCUACGGCUAACGUGCUUACUGGGAAGCAGUGUGCCGCGAGUGUCCGGGAGGGAUUCUGGAUUCGCCGGCGCCGGCGCCGGCGGCGCCCCCGGAGGCGGAGGGAUCUUGUCUGUCCCUUCAGCUGAUUCCCUUGCUCACUGCCCCACCCGCUGCGGCGACGCCGAGUUCCUCUACCCGUUCGGCACCGAGCCCGGCUGCUUCCGCCAGGGCUUCGAGCUCACCUGCGACAACACCACGCAGCCUCCCAAGCUCUUCUGGGCCAACAGCAGCAGCACCCAGAUGCUUGGCACGGACAGGACAGACCACUACUUCGCCUACGCCUCGAUCGGCUUCAGUAUCGCCGUCACGCCAGGUACGACGAGCACCUACACCAGGUCCUGGGAGUCGCCGGCCAAGGGCUUCGCCAUAGACUCUGACACCCGCAUGUACCUCGUUGGUUGCGACGUCGAGGUCGUCCUGUUCGACGCCGGGACGAACCUGACCAUUGGUUCUUGCUCGAGUUCCUGCCCGGCCGACAGGGCGACCAUGGCCAUGGGUAUGGCCCCUAUGGAGCCCGAGAACAAUUGCAAUGGGUUCGGCUGCUGCAGCAUCGCCUUGCCAGAGUACCUCCAAGGCUUUCGGUUCACGCUGUCGAGUAGGGAUGCUGCUGGUUCUUCGUCUUCCUCCAGUACUGCAAAGGUUUUCUUGACUGAAGAUUAUGGAUUCAACACGAGCGACCUUUACUCGAGCUGGAUAGACCAAAGCAGCAGUGUGCAAACAAGCUUGGAGAUUUUCGCAACGGACCAACCAAGUUGUGAAAUCGCGUCUGCGAAUAAGGAAACCUUUGCAUGUAGCGCCGGCAGCUUAUGCCAGACGGGAGAGUGGGGCGGUUACUUCUGUUACUGCAAUCCUCGUGUAAGUGGCAAUCCCUACAUUUUGGAUGGCUGCAUCGAAGGUUAUGAUCCCAUUCCUAAAGAAAACUGUAAGAGGUCAUGUGGAAACAUGUCCAUCCCUUUCCCUUUUGGAUUAGAAGAACGUUGCACUGCACAACAGAAAUUUCGACUUAGCUGUGUGUCGAAUAAGUUUGUUGUUCUUGACCGAGGAGACGGGACAAAUUAUAUGGUGACCAAAUUGUCAGUCAAUGAUGGAUACCUGAGUGUAACCAGCAUGCUGAAUGAUUCAAGCAGCAACAAUGACCAGGUGGUGGUAGUUCAUACCUCCGAUGGCGACUUCGAUUACAGGUUACCAAACGAAGCCAUGAGGGGUUUUAUUGAAUUCUCCCAAGAAUUUGAUAUCAGGAUGAGCUGGGCUGUUUCCAACUUAACCUGUGCAACAGCCUCACAGAGGAAUAACACUUAUGCUUGUGUCAGCGCCCACAGCGAAUGUGUUAAUGUCACCCAUGGGACGCUAUACCUAGGGUAUCGUUGCAAGUGCUCGCGAGGCUUUGAUGGGAAUCCAUAUGUCAAGGGCCUAGAUGGUUGUACAGACAUUGAUGAGUGCUUAGAGCCAAAUGAUUGCAAUGGGGUGUGCCAUAAUACUCUUGGAGGAUAUUAUUGCACUAGUUGUCCUCAUGGUAAAGUGUUUGAACCAACAAAAAGGAACUGUGUCACGACAGCUAAGCAGCACAGUCUUCUUUUAGGUGUUACAAUUGGAAUUGGUUCUGGUCUUGGCUCCAUAAUUUUUGUACUCUGUGCAAUUGUAAUUGCUAGAAAAUGGAAGCAAGGCUUGCAGAAGAGAAUCCGAAGAGCAUACUUCAAGAAAAAUCAAGGUCUAUUGUUGGAGCAACUAGUAUCUGACAAAAGCACCACAAACAAAACAAAGAUAUUCUCCUUAGAGGAACUAGAGAAAGCCACCAAUAACUUUGAUGCUACUCGUGUCCUUGGCCGUGGAGGACAUGGAACUGUCUAUAAAGGUAUUCUGUCUGAUCAGAAUGUGGUAGCCAUUAAAAGGUCCAAAAUUAUGGAGCAAACCGAGAUAGAUCAAUUUAUCAAUGAGGUUGCCAUCUUGUCUCAAAUCAUCCAUCGGAAUGUGGUGAAACUUUUUGGUUGCUGCUUGGAAACUGAGGUGCCCUUGCUCGUAUAUGAGUUCAUAUCUAAUGGCACAUUAUACAGCCUUCUUCACACUAAUGUUGGUGAUAAAUGCUUGCUGUCAUGGGAUGAUCGCACUAGGAUUGCGGUUGAAUCAUCAGGGGCUCUUGCUUAUUUGCACUCUGCUGCUACAAUCCCAAUUUUCCAUAGAGAUGUGAAAUCAUCCAAUAUUCUCUUGGAUGCCGCCUUAACCACAAAGGUUUCUGAUUUUGGUGCUUCAAGAUCUAUCUCACUCGACGAGACUCAUGUGGUAACAAUUGUCCAAGGCACAUUCGGUUACCUAGAUCCAGAAUAUUACAAUACUGGCCGGCUAACUGAGAAGAGUGACGUAUAUAGUUUCGGAGUGAUUAUUGUGGAGCUCCUAACAAGGAAGAAACCAGUUUUUAUUGACGACGCCGGUAUGAAACAAAGCUUGGCUCAUUACUUCAUCGAAGGACUUCAAGAAGGAGCCCUUAUGGAAAUAAUAGAUCAACAGAUUUUGGAAGAGGCUGACCAAGGAGAAAUCGAUGAUAUCGCCUUACUCGCACAAGCAUGCUUGAGGACGAAAGGAGUAGAGAGGCCAACUAUGAAAGAAGUAGAGAUGAAAUUGCAGCUCCUAAGGACAGGGAGGCUAAAAAAAAGAUACCAUUCACUGGUAAAUAAUGGUGAGCCUGAGCAUUUGCUGUGCCCAUCACAUGCUAGAAACUCCCAUGCACGGCUCGAUCUUGCCAAUGCUACUCGUUUGCCUUAUGAAGAGACCUCUCGCGGCUACAGCCUAGAGAAAGAGUUUGCAUCCUCAAUCAGUUUGCCACGCUAGCUAUGAGAUACAUGUAUAUAUAUAUGUAUGGUCAAAACAAUAGAAUCCAAACAAGUACUUGCUAUGCACCCGAGCUGUUUCACAUUUUCAGUCUGCUCCCAUUAGAUAAGAUCGAGUAUGCAGUAUACCAUCUGGUUGUAAUAUAGUGUACUUUUGGCCCAAGUUUAGAAUUGGUGAUGAAUAUAUUUGCAUGG